AUGGAGACAAAUGAGCUUCUACUGAUAAUGAUAUUGACGCUGUUUCACGUUGGCGGUGUUAGUGCUGUUCCUCCAAGCGGUAAGUAUUGUUUCGACCAAGUGAGCGACUUUGUAAAAGAAGUUUUAGUAGAUGGAUUUCCAAGCCUAAUCACAACAAAACAAAAAUUUUUUUACUUUCAGAAUUGAAGCCUUGCUUCGAGCGCUACGAUGGCUUUAAAAUCGUGGACGCAGCUCCUUUCCAUUCUGAAUGGAGAAUGAAAUCAGAAGAACAAUGUCUCGAGUUUUGUGUGCGAUCUUCGGUAAGAUCUAACUUUACUUUCUUGCUUUAUAAACGGACAGAAAAUUUAUACAGUAAAACUAUUUGGUAUGACGCUCAACAUCACAGUUUUUUAGUAUGACACUCAAGUUACCGCAUCAACGUGUCAUUCAUUCUAAGUACAUUGUCAUACUAUUCAAGGACUUUUUGUUAAGAGUGCUAUUAAAAAUGACGAUCAGAAAGCUGUCAUUAUAAAAAGUGUGUUGUACCAUCGAGGAGCAUACUAAAAAGGUUUUACUGUAAAGCUGCUGUAUACCAAAACUCCUACAUAAAUAAAACUUCAGGCAAUGAAAAAUUACCUAAAAUUUUGUAAAUUUUACUUUCAGAGCCGUUGUGUAUCGAUUGUUUAUGACAAGUACAGUCAUAUUUGUCAUUACUUCAGUAUCAACGCGAUUGAAGCUGAACUUAUUGUCAAAAGCCCAAGAAUGGUCUACUUUCAAACGGCUGAAAAGGAGUGUAUUGGUAAGUUUCUGAAAUUUAUUAGGACAUGCACAGUUCUAGUGUUUUAUCGCUAGUAACUUCUGUAUUAUUGCCGUAGGGCUUCUGUAAUUUUCUGGUAAGAUUUUACUAUUAGGCUGUUCAAAUAAUUCUGCGCCCUCUAACUUUAAAAGUUUAUUGCAAAAGGGCACAUAAUUACUUGAACGACUUAAUAUUAUAGUAGGGUGACUAGGUUAAUAAAGCCGUUUUUUGUAUGAAUUCGGGCUAAAAAAUUGAAAUAAAAUUUUUUUUUUGAAAAAUAAAAUUAUUUAGUUUCAAAACUCAAAGCUCCACUUUUAGACAAAAAGCUGCUCCAACUGAUAACCGAAGAGAAUGAACGCCAAACAGCGUUGAUGGAGAUUCAGCGACUUCGUGCCGCCAUAUCCACAACUCUAGAACCUCAAACUACACAAAGUGUUGAAGAUAUGGCGACAAGAGAGGAUGUAGAAAGUAAUGAUGAGAACAUCCUGGCCUUAGACGCUGACUUCGAUGGAGACCCUAUGAAUUUUGUCAAGUUGGCUGAAGAAGAAAAGGAGAAUGAAGACGUUUCUAAAGGUGAACUUAGUUUUUCUAGUACGGCUUCUACUAGUACUACUACAGGGAGUACUACUACGAGCACUACUACGGAAGCUACGACUACUACAACUACUACUGAAGCUCCUACUACCACUAGUACCACUACAGUUGCUACUACUACUCAACGAUUUGUUGGUGAGUUUAGGCAGCAUAAUGUAAUAUGGUACUGUAGUUUAGGUAUAUGGGACAAAUAAAAAUAAUUUUAAAUUAAGACUAUUUCUUCAAAAUUCUUUCACCUAGUUUUAGAAGCUACUAUAACAUAAAGAUAAUUAUUUUAGAGCCCUCAACAACAACUACACGAAAACCAACAACAACUACAGAAGCCACAACAACCGAGAUCACAACUUCAUCAACCACUACCACAGUUAAAACGUCAGUGUCAGUCACACCAAAGAUUACAAAACCAACGACAACAACCACCACCGAAGCUACUACAACAUCGAAAGCAGCACGAACUCUACCAAUCUCCUUCCCAGUGAUUUCGUCAAUGGAUGAUAAGAUCGACGAGAUGAUGCCAGUGAUGUCAGGAUUCAAGAUUCAUAAGAAAACUCUGCCUGAUAUGAUUGAAGAAGCCAUGGAGAAAAAGCCUGACAUGAUUGAGGUCAGAAGAGCUCCGCCUAAGGGCAAAAGUCCUGUCGCCAAGACUUUCGCGGAGGAAGAGGAGGUGAGUCACCUAAGAUUGUGUAUUAUAUGAUCAAAAAGCUAAAAGUUAAUUGGAUAUUAAUAUAAAUAAGUAUUGUUGAUUAUAAGGAACACUUUUGCAAUUGCAAAUUUUUUGAUUGGAUUACUGUAAAAUACCGUAUUAAGGUCUUGAAAUCUCUUGUGUGAAAAAACGUUGUUUAUAGGCUAUUUUAGGGCCAAAAAUUAAACAAACAACGGAUAUGUAUAUUCUAAAAUAUUUAAAAAUUAGUUUUAAACAUAAUAUCAGUUCCUUAUCAACUAAUCAUCAACCCCUUUCAGGCAAGACCAUCAAUUUACGACGCAAAUUGCAAAGAAAACGCUCAAGAAAUCUGGCUGGCAGUUGAGAAUUCUCAAGUCGAAAGCGGAAUCAGAUCGUCGGUUUUGAAGUUGGCUUCACAACCUCAAGAAUGCAUGGACACUUGUAAAACACUGGAGAUUGGAGGCUUCAAUUGUGAUUCAUUUACUUUCUUAGAAUCCUCGAAACGAUGCAUCUUCCACGCUACACCACAACGAUUUCAAGUGAAACCGGCUUUCAGCAACGACUUCAGUACGAGGGCUUUCAAGAAGUACUGCUUCCCAGGUAAUAAGUCAUACUAAAAAAGAUUUUUAACCUAGUCAACCUACUAUAAUAUUAAAGGUUUUUAGAUGUUGUUAAUGCUAUACUGAAGGAUUGGGGAUAAUAAGGGGUAAUAUGAAUGAUUUGAGGUUAGUUGUAGUGUUACAGUAAAUAUUAUUCUGUAAUAUUGAUGAAUUUAUAGCCGAUCUCACACCCUUCAGCGACUGUGUAGAGUUCUUAGCGUUCCGUGACUAUUCGAUGGAAAUCGAGCCUCGAGAAGUGUUCGAAGGUCUUCCAUCGAACAACGAAGGCAUCUCGGCUUGUAUCGAGCUUUGUGUGCUGGCUACUGACUUCAGAUGCAAGGUACGGUGAAUUUAAUUUUUCUGAGCAUCUCCUUUUAAACUUAAGGGGCUACAUAUCUACAGUCGUUUAUAAUGUAGUUUUAAAUACCUAGUUUUGAAAAUUGCUAGGAUAACAUAAUACUUGGUACCACUUUUUAAGAGUGCCAACUUUGACCAACAGAGUGGAAUGUGUUUGUUGUUUGCCGAACACUCUCUCAGUCGGCCGGCAGCGUUCCGUGAGCAUCAGUUGGCUAAUCAGCUCUACUUUGAGAAUGGUUGUGUACCAGUUGAGGUACCAACCGAGCAGUCUGUCCUAGACAAGUUCGCAAAAACAGAAAGGAUAACUCCGGUCAAAUUAGAUUUCCGAACGAUUACUCAUUAA